AUGUCUCAUUCAAGCAAUACCACCAUUCCAUCCGACUAUUCUGACAUCUCCACUACAACCGCUAAGAAGUUCAAAUACCCUUCCUACAAACGAUUCAAUGGUGUACCUAGCUGGAACCACAAACUCCCACAACCUAAAGGAUUCCAUACCACCUAUCAGAAAAAUCACACACGGAAAUCUCCCCCUUAUGCCUUGUUCCUCUACUUCACCUCUCUUGAAAGACAACACCCAUCCAAACAAUAUUCAGUUGCUUCACCCCCAUCUCACGCUUACAAUCCGCCGGAAUAUCCCAAAUUCAACUCGGUCUCAAAUAGCAACUGUGAAGAGUUGGAUGUGCUCCAGGAUUACAGCAGUUGCGAAGACAUUGAAAUGUUCGAAGAGAAAUAG